GCAGGCUGCCGGCCGGGGACGGAGCGUGGCGGCGUGUGUCCCCGUCUCUGCCUGGCCGCACGAGGCCGGUGCGGGCGCUCGGGACGGCGCCGCCCGGGAGGCGGGGGUGGGAGCCCAGGCGGUGUGGCUGCGGGCAGGGGAGGACCCGGAGCACGGUGCCGGGCUGAGCGGCCUCGGGUCCCAGGAGGCGACGCGCAGGCUUCGAGGGGCAGACCCCGCCCGGAAGGCGGAGGGCGUCGGAUUUAGAGCCUCCCGCGGCUCGAGGCUUGGAGGAGCCGGGCGGGGGCAUCUUCAGGGAAACGGCGGAGCCGCGGGCCGGUGGGGGGGACGGCGGCCACUACACAGAGGCUCCUCCCACGGUGACCACACUGGCUGCUUUCGUUUCCUCUCGUGACAGGUGCUUGGUUGGUCUGUCCUGUCACAGCGAGGUAUGAAUCGUCCUCGCGAGAUUUGUCCACAGGCAGAGCGAGGCCGAGGGUUGACGUCCCGGGCUUCUCAGGAACCAGUGUCCUAAGGACUUGUGUGUGAGGUCCGCAAGAGCAGGGGCUCUGGAGCCAGGCUGCCACCCUUCCCGAGCUCAUCACCCAGGCUGUGACCUCUGUCGGGCAAGACCUAGGUCUUAGUUGUCUAACCUGUUUUCAGGGAGAUGACCCAGAAGCAGUUUUGAGGAUCAGGUGCCAGGCGGGUGCACAGUAAGUCAGCAGCAGAGCUGACACCCAGGUACCCUGUGCUCUCGGGCACCUCCUCUGUGCUCCUUGUCAGUUUGGACGUCCCUUUGGCAGCUGCCUCUACCCAUCUGAGCAAAGGCCCCUAAUUUGGGGCCUCUGAAUCCCAUGGGUUUGAGACUUGGUCUCUUAACAUGGUUCUCCAGGGAUGAGAGAGACGUUUACGCAGGUGGCGAGGAUCUCGAUGGGUGAGGCAUUCUUUCUGUAAAUCUCCAGGGUCUCCGUGCCUGAUAAUGCUCCUGGAAGACAGUAGUUAGAACCGGGGCUCGUGUUGAGGGCUUGGGUUACUCAGGCCCCUUGGACUCAGGGUUGUCUGGGUUCUGGUCUUUUCUACCUGCCCUGCUGUUUAUUAAACUGCAUCUGUACUUCCAACUCUUCUUUGCUGUGCUGCACAGAAUCCAAGGGCGGCCUCCCAAGGCUUCUGAGGAGGCUGGGAGAGGGUCCUGUGAUGCAGCUUCCAGCCCCCUGGUGGCCUCCUGCCCGGCCCAGCACCAUGCACACCCUUGUGUUCCUGAGCACACGGCAGGUGCUCCAGUGCCAGUCAGCUGCCUGCCAGGCCUUGCCCCUGCUACCACGAGAGCUCUUCCCCUUGCUCUUCAAAGUGGCCUUCAUGGACAAGAAGACCGUUGUGCUGCGCGAGCUGGUGCACACGUGGCCCUUUCCACUGCUUAGCUUCCAGCAGCUGCUGCAGGAGUGUGCCCACUGCAGCCGGGCCCUGCUGCAGGAGCGGCCUAGCACAGAGAGCAUGCAAGCCGUGAUCCUGGGGCUGACUGCCCGGCUCCACACCCCGGAGACUGAGGCUGGCACACAGCCCCUCUGCAGGAAGCACACGCUGCGGGUGCUGGACAUGACGGGCCUCCUGGAUGACGGCGUGGAGCAGGACCCGGGCACCAUGAGCAUGUGGGACUGCACGGCAGCUGUGGCCCGCACGUGCAUCGCACAGCAGCAGGGCAGGACUGCAGAGCCCGGCCUGGCCCCCGUUCCUGUGGAGGUGCGUGUGGACCUGCGGGUGAACCGGGCCUCUUACGCGUUCUUGCGGGAGGCACUCCGUAGCAGCGCGGGCAGUCCACUGCGGCUCUGCUGCCGGGACCUGCGGGCUGAGGACCUGCCCAUGCGCAAUACCGUGGCCCUGCUGCAGCUUCUGGAUGCGGGCUGCCUGCGCCGCGUGGACCUGCGCUUCAACAACUUGGGCCUGCGAGGCCUGUCCGUCAUCAUCCCACACGUGGCCCGCUUCCAGCACCUGGCCAGCCUGCGGUUACACUAUGUGCACGGGGACUCUCGGCAGCCCUCUGUGGACGGCGAGGACAACUUCCGUUACUUCCUGGCCCAGAUGGGCCGCUUCACCUGUUUGCGGGAGCUCAGCAUGGGCUCCUCUCUUCUCUCGGGGCGGCUGGACCAGCUGCUCAGCACCCUGCAGAGCCCCCUGGAGAGCCUGGAGCUGGCCUUCUGCGCCUUGCUGCCUGAGGACCUGCGUUUCCUGGCACGGAGCCCCCAUGCUGUCCACCUCAAGAAGCUGGACCUGAGUGGCAAUGACCUGUCCGGCAGCCAGCUGGAGCCCUUCCAGGGUCUGCUGCAGGCAGCAGCAGCCACGCUGCUGCACCUCGAGCUGACCGAGUGCCAGCUUGCCGAUACCCAACUGCUGGCCACACUUCCUGUGCUGACUCGUUGUGCCAGCCUCCGCUACCUCGGCCUCUACGGCAACCCGCUGUCUAUGGCGGGCCUCAAGGAGCUCCUGAGGGACUCGGUGGCACAGGCCGAGCUGCGCACGGUGGUGCACCCUUUCCCCGUGGACUGCUAUGAGGGCCUGCCCUGGCCACCGCCUGCCUCUGUCCUGCUGGAAGCCUCCAUCAAUGAGGAGAAGUUUGCCCGCGUGGAGGCUGAGUUGCACCAGUUGCUACUGGCCUCAGGCCGUGCCCACGUGCUCUGGACCACAGACAUCUAUGGGCGCCUGGCUGCAGACUACUUUAGCCUGUGAUCUCCAGGCUCUGGGUGAGAGUUAGGCUGUCCUGGGGUCCAGGGCUGCUGGAGGCCUCUUGCCCCUUGGGUAGUCAGAGCCUUUGGGACCUUGCUGGAGGCCUGGCACGAAGGCACUGGUCUCCGAUUUUUUGGCUCCUGGGCGCACCUUGAGCAUGCCCAUGCUUUGUGCAGCACCCUGUGCAGUUUGUCCUGCGCUUGCUCCCCUGACUCACUGACCAUCUGUGGGCCUGAGGGCUGGAUUCCAGGCCUACAUGGCCCUGCUUGGUUUGGCUGCACUUAGCUGCCCUCCGGUGUCCUGGUUCUCUCCUUGGAAUGUUCCUGGGAUCUAUGAGCUGAGGGAGGAUGUUUUCCUUUGGGCCCUCCCCAAGAGCAGACUGCUCUGGGGUGGAAGUUUGGACAGGGGCCUGCUUCAAGGAGGGUUGGGCUCCCAGGCACUCUGGGGCCUCUUAACGUUCUCCUUUCCCUGGCACACAGGAGACUGCCUGUCGGCCGGGUUUGGGGGCCAGAGGGUGUCGUUAAGGUACAAACGUGCAGUGUGCUUAGAACUUAAAUCUGUGGCUAAUUUUUCUGUC